AUGGCAGCAUCCGUAUUUAAGGGUAUUCGUGGGUGUAAACGCGGUGCCUUCAGUGCUAUGAUCACAAAUUUGUCGAGGGAGACGAAGACAGUGUACAACCUCGUGGUUGUAGGCACAGUGUCUUUUAUUCAAGAUGAAGAUAUCGCGCCGGUUCGGAUGGUGAAUCCUAUGUCCCGCGAGGGUAAUGCGGAGAUUCUAAGUUUUACACGCGUGGAUAAUGUUCCAAAGCAAGAAUCCAAGAACGAUAGGGCAUCACUGACGGGUAUGCCAUACGAGGAUUUAACGGAGGAACAGCGAUCAACCUUCUACCGUACCAAUACAAACACCUUGAUAAUUUGA